GGGUUUAAAGGUAGAAGAGUGUGGUGUGAGUGAGAGCUGGGUAGCGAGGAGUGUUGAGUGCAGCCCAAUCGGAGUGAAACAAGACCUGAAUCCAAUCCGUUUCCCAUUCUGAUCCAUCGCAAUCGCAUCGCCUUUUUCUCCAUUCUCUCUGCCUCGCCGGUGCCGGAUUCUCAGCUCGCACUUUCCUUGCUUUGCUUUGUUUAGGGUUUCAUCCCUUUUUUGCUUUUCAGUUUUCGCACCUUCUCAGAUUGCAGCUGUUUUGUGAGACUUGGCAUUACACAUUCACACAGUGCUGGCAACAUGGCUAAUUUAACUCUAACUGGCAUACUAGAGAAGAUGACUGGAAAGGAUAAGGACUAUAGAUAUAUGGCCACGUCUGAUUUGCUUAAUGAGUUGCAGAAAUCAUCAUUUAAGGCUGAUACUGAUCUAGAGAUGAAGUUGACAAAUAUCAUCAUACAACAGCUUGAUGAUGCAGCUGGUGAUGUUUCUGGGCUGGCUGUCAAAUGUCUUGCUCCAUUAGUGAGGAAGGUGAGUGAGGCAAGGGUUGUGGAAAUGACCGAAAAACUCUGUGAUAAAUUGCUAAAUGGGAAGGAUCAGCAUCGUGAUAUUGCCAGCAUAGCUUUGAAAACAAUUGUUGCUGAAGUUUCUACUCAGUCUCUUGCCCAGUCUAUUCUUCAUUCUCUCUCACCACAACUGAUAAAAGGAAUUACUGGCUCAAUGGGCACAGAGAUUAAAUGUGAAUGCUUGGAUAUUUUAUGUGAUGUCCUUCAUAAAUUUGGGAAUCUAAUGGCAUCUGAUCAUGAGCUGUUAUUAAGUUCCCUGCUUUCUCAGUUGGGUUCCAAUCAAGCUAGUGUUCGCAAGAAGACUGUGGCAUGCAUUGCAUCUCUUUCUUCAAGCUUGUCAGAUGAUUUACUGGCGAAAGCAACAAUUGAAGUUGUUACUAACUUGAAAAGUAAAGUUGCUAAGUCUGAAAUGACCCGCACAAAUAUACAGAUGAUUGGUGCUUUGAGUCGUGCUGUUGGCUACCGUUUUGGGUCCCAUCUUGGAGACACGGUUCCAGUUCUUAUUGAUUACUGUACUAAUGCAUCAGAAAAUGACGAAGAGCUUCGUGAGUAUAGCUUGCAGGCAUUAGAAAGCUUUCUCUUAAGGUGCCCAAGGGAUAUUUCCUUGUAUUGUGAUGAAAUUCUACAUUUGACGCUAGAAUAUCUAAGCUAUGAUCCAAACUUCACUGACAAUAUGGAGGAGGAUACUGACGAUGAAGGUCAUGAAGAGGAGGAGGAUGAUGAGAGUGCAAAUGAAUAUACAGAUGAUGAAGAUGUCAGCUGGAAAGUUCGAAGAGCAGCAGCCAAAUGCCUAGCAGCAUUGAUUGUUUCUCGCCCUGAAAUGCUUUCAAGGCUAUAUGAUGAGGCUUGUCCCAAAUUGAUCGACAGAUUUAAAGAGAGAGAAGAAAAUGUCAAGAUGGAUGUAUUUAAUACUUUCAUUGAGCUCUUGCGUCAAACUGGCAAUGUAACUAAAGGGCAGAUUGAUGCAAAUGAAACGAGUCCUAGAUGGUUGUUGAAGCAAGAAGUUUCAAAGAUUGUCAAAUCUAUAAAUAGGCAGUUGCGUGAGAAAUCUAUCAAGACAAAGGUUGGUGCGUUUUCUGUUCUGAAAGAACUGGUGGUUGUCUUGCCAGACUGUCUUGCAGACCACAUUGGGUCACUCAUUCCAGGAAUCGAAAAAGCAUUAAAUGACAAAUCAUCUACAUCAAAUUUGAAGAUUGAAGCUCUCGUAUUUACAAGAUUGGUAUUAUCUUCACACUCUCCUGAUGUUUUCCACCCAUAUAUUAAGGCUCUUUCUGCUCCUGUUCUAUCAGCUGUUGGUGAGCGAUAUUAUAAGGUCACUGCUGAGGCCUUGAGGGUAUGCGGAGAACUCGUACGCGUUGUCCGCCCUAGCAUUGAGGGAUCUGGAUUUGAUUUCAGACCAUACGUCCAUCCCAUUUAUAAUGGCAUUAUGUCGCGCUUAAUAAACCAAGAUCAAGAUCAGGAGGUUAAGGAGUGUGCUAUCUCCUGCAUUGGCCUCAUUGUGUCAACAUUUGGUGAUCAUCUAAAUGAAGAACUACCAGCAUGCCUUCCUGUACUUGUUGAUCGAAUGGGAAAUGAGAUAACUCGUCUCACAGCAGUCAAGGCAUUUGCUGUCAUUGCUGCUUCUCCACUUCGGGUGGAUCUGUCAUGUGUUCUGGAGCAUGUAAUAGCAGAGUUGACUGCAUUUCUACGGAAAGCUAAUCGAGCACUAAGGCAGGCAACCUUAGGAACCUUAAAUUCACUUAUAGUUGCAUAUGGUGAUAAGAUUGGUUCUUCUGCGUAUGAAGUUAUUAUUGUAGAACUCUCGGGACUAAUUAGUGAUUCUGAUUUACAUAUGACAGCUCUUGCCCUUGAACUCUGCUGCACGUUAAUGAGUGACAAGAGGUCCAGUCCUAGUGUUGGUCUGGCUGUCAGAAACAAAGUUCUUCCUCAAGCUCUGACAUUAAUUAAAAGCUCCUUGCUGCAGGGGCAAGCCCUUUUGGCUUUACAGAAUUUUUUUGCUGCUUUAGUCUAUUCUGCAAACACUAGCUUUGAUUCUCUGCUGGAGUCACUACUUGCCAGCGCCAAGCCUUCACCACAGUCAGGUGGCAUUGCCAAACAAGCGUUGCAUUCAAUAGCCCAAUGUGUGGCUGUUCUGUGCCUUGCUGCUGGGGAUCAGAAGUGUUCGUCCACAGUGAAAAUGCUGACAGACAUUCUCAAGGAUGACAGCAGUUCUAACUCUGCUAAGCAGCACCUUGCCCUUCUAUGUUUGGGAGAGAUUGGUAGGAGGAAGGAUCUUAGUGCACAUGCCCAUAUAGAAAAUAUUGUCAUUGAAUCCUUCCAAUCACCUUUUGAAGAGAUAAAGUCUGCUGCCUCUUAUGCUCUUGGUAAUAUCGCUGUUGGCAACCUUCCAAAAUACUUGCCGUUUAUCUUGGAUCAGAUCGAUAAUCAGCAGAAGAAACAGUAUCUCUUGCUUCAUUCUUUGAAGGAGGUAAUUGUGAGACAAUCUGUUGAUAAAGCAGAGUUUCAAGAGUCGAGUGUUGAGAAAAUACUUAAUUUACUCUUCAACCACUGUGAAAGUGAGGAAGAAGGGGUGCGCAAUGUGGUGGCCGAGUGUUUGGGAAAAAUUGCACUUAUUGAACCUGCAAAACUUGUUCCUGCACUCAAG